AAGUGUUUGAUUACUUCAUUUACACUGUUAUGUAACAAUUUCGAAAUUAGGUAAUCUGUGCCUGUAGAGUAUAGACUUUAAGACGAUCAACUUUUUGAUUCGAAGAAAAAUCGUGAAACAUAAGUACAUUUUAAAUUCGCGUGAAAAAUUCGUGGAAAGUUGUAACUAAAUGUCGAUUAGUAAUUAUAAUUAAUAAUUGGUCUCCUAACGUGUAGAAAAAGAUUAGUACUGUAGCCAUAGCCGCGUUUGCCAUCGUUGGUGUCGCGAGUGGAACAUAUUACGUCAUCCCCACGUCACUAUCGUCGGCUGCAUAGAAGUAAGGCAGAAUCUGAUGGAAGACAAAUCUGAUGCCCCAUUUCUGACGGCCUGGUGCGAUGAGCCGAGCACCCCUCGAGGGAUUGCUGAAGCUGCCAUACAAGAGCUGGAGCACGGCAGCGGAGAGUUAUCAACAUCUGAAGGAGCUCCAGAUGAAGCUGGUGAUAGAGAUGGUGUUUCUGGAUCGUCCAGCCCCAAGCCACGCACCGAAUAUAUUACUGAAUCUUUUGACCUGCAGCGGCGCCGCCUCUAUGAGCAUUCAUAUUCAUCUGUGAAUCAAACAUCACAUUUUGGCCGUGAGCAAUGCAGCAGUGCUGAAUAUCAGAUUCAGCCAAGUAACGGUGGUGAACAGUCGCGAGAAAAGGUAGACAACCGCAGAUCAGGAAGUUCUUGCGCGGGAACGGAUGAAUUGAAAACUAACGUUUCUCCUGAACAUUACAAAAAGGAGAAAUUAGAGUGCGCGCAGUGUGAAUAUUCAUGUGUCGGUAAAAAACGGUUAAAUCAACACGUUUUCCGUAAGCAUUCAGCAGAGAGACCGCAUCGCUGCAUGGAAUGUGAAUAUUCUUGUGCCUUAAAAUCAAACUUGAAGAUUCACGUUCUCCAUAAACAUUCGGUGGAGAAACCUAUCAAGUGUUCAAUGUGUGAAUACAGUUGUGUCAUAAAAAGCAAUAUGAAAAGGCACAUUCUUUACAUUCAUUCAUCUGAGAGACCUCUUCAGUGCGCCGAGUGCAAUUAUUCUUGUGUGGUCAAAGAACGGCUAGAGAAACAUGUUCUCUCCAAACAUAAAAAAAUAUACUUUUUUCGUUGCUCGCAGUGCGAUAAUUCAUAUCUAUCAGAACUUCGUCUAAUUCGUCACGUUGCUGAUAAGCACCCCGCGGAGGAACCCCGUGCCAGCCCGCAAGUUUAAACGUGCUUCUGUCAAUAAUUCUCUUUUAACUUUAACGUUUUCAUAGCGAUCAUCCAUCAUUAGAACCACGUUACUGCGUCCUCAGUAACAUAAUUUACUGUUCAGUAUAUAUCACUUAUUGACUUUCAUCUGUUGGCGAGGGUUUUCAUCUUUCAUUAGAGCCUAAUUAAGGCUAGGAAUGUCUAAGUCGCUAUAGAUCAACAUGUUUUAGCAGAAAAUUAAAUCAAGAACAAAGUUCCCAUGUCACAUAUGAAUUAAUUCCCUUUUGAGACUUUUAUUGAGAUUUUUGACAAAUUACUUUUAACGUCUUUUUAAUCCCUUUUAUACAGGAGAAUAUAUUUACUACGAAAAUCUUGCUGUCAGCGUCUUGCUCUGCAACUUGCUGUCAGCGUAUUGCGUACUAUUUGUGAUCUGAAAUUUGCACAAUUUACGAAUAUUUCUUGAGAAAAUUAUUUGUCUUUAUACCUUUAUAUGAUCUGACUGAGUAUUCUUAAUAUUCUAUAUUUAUUCCAGUAUAUAUUAAUUUCAAUGAAACUGCAAUGUGUAUCCAUAAUACACAUAUUUGGUUUGCAAUAAAGAUAUGUUCGAG